AUGUUGGAGGAGGUUUAUGACCAUCUCGAUGGAGAAGCACUACCUGACGGGCUUGCUGAGGUAGAUGGUGGUCUUCAGCUGGAUGUGAUGGCUGCCGAAGACCAUGACCCCGAAUCUAUUGGAGGGGUUAGUGUGGUGGUUGGGACCAAGGUUGAUAGUGAUGGGUUGGGACGGGCCACUGGGAGCCCACCCAAACAGCAUGACACCGGACAUGGCAACCGCAAAACCUAUGUGACGUGUGACAAACUUGGAAACCUAAAAGUUGGACAUACUGGGAAUCGAACUCCAGUCUUCUGGAUCGCGAACUCAGCUGAGGUGGUUAUUUCAACAAAAAUCCCCCCCAAAAAAAAGGAGGUGAAGGGGCAGGUGGAGGGUAACGAUGAAGACAGACAGAGAGUAGCAGCAAGAAGCGCCAACAAAAGAGAAGAAGUGAAGUUACAAGAAACAAGGCAUGAGCCGAAAAAUGAAAGACACCGUAAACAUCCGGGAUCCAACUUGCAAAGGGUAACCAAGGCUAACUGCCUUAUCCAAUGCAAGACUGAAUAUUCAACACCAACCAACCACCCUAACCAGAACUAAUAAGAGAAUUGGUCAGAAAAAUACGUCAGAGUCAUAGAAAAAGGAAAUAAACUCCAGCGUGUGCGGACGCAAGAGGAGGUAAAAGACUGUAGAACAACAGCGUGCAGCGGACGCGAGAGGUGGUGGCUGAGAAGCCAAAGCGUACCGCGGACGCAGAAGAGAAGGCACGGAGGCCGAAGCGCUCAGUGGGCGCACAUAAAGGAAAGAAGGCACGGAGGCCGAAGUGUACAGCGGACGCGUGUAAAGAGGAAGAAAAUCCACCGACGUACCGAUCAAGCAGCAGAGUAUCAGAAACAUGGACACAAUUGCAUACCAGACAACUGAGAAAAACUGAACAUCGCGGAUGAACAGUCUAAAGGCAUAAGGCAAUGAAAAUUGCGUACAGACGAGGACUUGACCUAGCAAGGGGGCACGGCGGAUACCCAGAAGAAACUGAGGCGCUGAGGCCGGCGCACACAAGUCAUAUUUAAUCUCG